AUGUUCACCCUGUCUGAGCUGGCGCCUCUGAAUCAGCACCACAGCAGGUCCAAACUGCUGAAGCCGUGGUGGGAGGUCUUCAUGGACCACCUGCUGGUUCUGAUGCUCCUCACCUCCAUCCUGGCCUGCACCGAGCAGCUGUCCAGAGACAGGGUGGUGUGUGUUCCCACUGGUGACGACAGGGAGCGCUCCCCACCUCCCACUCAACCUUCGGACUCUGAUUUCCUCCUCGCUGGGCCCGGGCGACAAACGGACCUAGUGUUCCAGCAGUACGUCUUCAUCAGCCAGGUGUGUUACCAUGAAGCUCUGCCCUUCUGCUCCCGCUUCCUCCCCCAACUGGCCCUGUUGCAGACCCUCCUCCUGGUGGCCGGCGGCUCCUUCUGGCUCCACUUCCCCAAAACCUCCUCCUGUGUGGAACAGUUCCUGGGCAUCUUAGCCAAGUGCUGUGAGUCUCGCUGGACGUCUCAGGCCUUGUCCCUGGCUGCACGGCAGGAAACCCCCCUGAGGAGCAGUCAGCCGGUCUCUCCUCCCUGCUCCACCAGCCAGUCCAGGCCCGCCCCGCCUCCUGAGUCCGAGACCUCCAGGCCACGAGUGAGUCUCGACAGAAGCGACGGGGAACAAGCUCGAGCUCUUUUCGAAAGAGUCCGGAAAUUUCGGUCUCACUGUGAGCGUUCAAGCGUCAUCUACAAGGUCUACUUGGCACAGACUGUGUUUAAGACGGUGCUGGUGACCACCACCCUGUGUUACACCGUCCCGCUGCUCCGCUCGCUCUCCUUCACGCACAGCUGUGUGACUGAAGAGGGAGCCCUGGUGGGCUACCGCUCCUUCAGCUGCAUCCACGUCCUGUCCUCCCUGCUGCACACGCUCAUGCUGGCCUACCUGCUGCUUCUGGGCCUCUACGGCCUGCUCAGCCUGUACGCCCUCUUCUGGAUGCUCCACAGCUCCCUGCUGCAGUUCUCCUCCCAGCUCCCCGGGGACGUGGCCGCUCCGAGGCGUGACCUGGCCUUCCUCCUUCACAUGCUGGAGCAGUACGACCCUCUGCUGGUGCAACACCUGUCUGUCUUCCUGUCGCCGGCUCACGAGGGUCAGCUGAUGGACGAGAGCUUGGAGAGACGCUGGAGCGAAGGCAAGCUGCAGGCCAUGGUUCACAUGGACACCGGGGGGCGCUCUCAGCUGGAACUGCUGGCCCUGCCCAGACUCCCUGCAGCUCUGUUCAGCCUCAACAAGCUGGAAGUUCUCAAAGUGGAGCAUGUGACUGAGGUCAGGUUCACUGCUCAGGUGUCCAACAUGACCUCACUCAGGGAGCUGCACCUGCACCACUGUGAGGCCUCUGUGGAUUCAGCUGCUCUCGCUGUCCUUCAGGAACGUCUAGAAGUCCUUCACUUGACCUUCACUCAAGCGUCAGAGAUGCCAAACUGGGUUCUGUCGCUGCACAGUCUGCAGGAGCUGCGCUUGCGUGGCCGUCUGGGCAGCGAAGGUCGCGGCUGGGUGCUGGGCAGCGUCCGGCAGCUGCGGCACCUGCGUGUGCUGGCGCUGGAGGGGAAGCUGCAGAGGAUUCCUGCCGAGCUGUGCGAUGUGGCCGACAGUCUCCUGAAGCUGGAGAUCCACAACGGCGGCGCGAAGAUCCUCUCCCUCACCGCCCUGAAGCGCCUGGUCAACCUGAGCGACCUCCUCCUGCAGGACUGCCAGCUGGAGCGCUUGCCCUCUUCUCUGACGAGUCUGGCGAAGCUGCGAGUGCUCAAACUGCAGCGCAACAACUUGUCUAGCCUGGAGGGACUUGUUGUUCUCUCCCAUCUUCAGCGGCUCUCGUCCCUCAGGCUCGCCUUCAAUAAUAUUCAAGCCAUCCCGCCGUGUGUCGCAGCUCUGCAGGCCCUGGAGCUCCUGGAUCUGUCCAGCAACCGGCUGGAGAACCUCCCCUCUUCUCUCUUCAAGCUGUGUGGUCUUCGGCGGCUUUUUCUCUCCAACAACAUGUUGAGGAGGCUCCCUGCUGAUGUGACGGCACUGACGCUGCUCUCAGAGCUGGACCUCAGUGGAAACCUGCUGGAGAGCCUUCCCCCUCAGAUGUUCCGGAGCUGCCCGGAGCUGUGCACUCUGAAUGUCGCCCACAACUCUUUGAAAUCCUUACCUGGAGAAAUAGCCUCUUCAGGCCAGCUGUGCAAGCUGGACCUGCGCUUCAACAGCCUGCAAGAGCUGCCUGCGGGCUUGGGCUGCUGCCCUGGACUCCGUGGUGGUGGUGGACUCCUCGUCGAACACCGGUUGUUUGUGUCCCUCCCUCUGCAUGUCAGGAAUAUUCUGAGCACCCCCCGUGCCAGCUUUGACACCGAGACAGUCCCAGAAGAAGCAGACAAGUUCCCGCUCUUCUCGCCCUCACAGUGGCGCUUCUCCUCCGCUCCAGAAUCACAAAUUUAAAAAGAACUGCUGAUGACAAAUGACUGUGUUAGCAACUUGUUUCUCACAGCUAUGAACCAUGAAGUCUCAUUUUAAAGAUUUAGAUUUAUGAGAUCAUUCAAUAAGAACACACACAACAUUCAUAUAGGAUAGUUAUGCCUUGUUUUUGUCGACAUCAUAUCUUUAUAAAAAACAUUUAAGUCUUUUGUGUAGUUUUCAGUC